AUGUAUUCAAUAGUUUUGCAAAUAUUAUUUUUAAUCUCAAUUAACUGUACCGUGAUAAUAAAUAGUUAUCCGGAGAAUGAAUGUAAUUUAGACAAUAAGUUGGUUGAUGAAAUACAAUCAUACAAAAAUGUUACAAAGCAAAUUAUUGAUAAAAUCGUGUCAGGAGGAUUUGGAACGAAGAUGUAUGAAGAUUAUUCUAAGUUCAUAGAUACAUUUGGAGCACGUUUGGCGGGAAGUAAAGCUCUAGAAAAAGCUAUAGAUCACAUGGUAAAUCUGACACGACAAAAUGGCUUGAACGACGUGACAACGGAAGAAGUUGACAUACCAUACUGGCAACGUAUUUACGAAUCGGCAAACAUGUUCGAACCAUAUUUAAAAAAAAUUUCAAUCCUUGGGUUAGGAACUAGCGUGAGCACUCCUGCUGAGGGUAUCAAAGCAGAAGCCAUUGUAAUAAAAAGUUUUGACGAACUUGAAAAAACUGAUGAAAAUAAAAUAAAAGGGAAAAUUGUCGUCUUUGAUCCACCUUUUGUGAGUUAUGGUGAAACUGUUGUUUAUAGAAGUCUAGGAGCUUCAAAGGCUUCCAGAAAAGGUGCUGUAGCUACUUUAGUCCGAAGCAUUACACCAUUCUCUAUAUAUUCUCUUCACACCGGAGCCCAGGACUAUGAAAAUAAUGUUACAAAAAUACCUACUGCAGCUAUAACUCACGAAGACGCAGACUUAUUUAGAAGACUUCAAAAUCUUGGCGAAAAAAUAGUCCUUAAAAUUCAUAUGUCUUAUGCUAUGUCCAGAAAGAUAUCAAGGAAUACCAUUAUUGAUUUAAAAGGCAAAGAAAGCCCCGAAAAACAAGUUAUCGUGUCAGGACACAUUGAUAGCUGGGAUGUAGGCCAGGGCGCUAUGGAUGACGGUGGGGGUAUGAUGAUAAGUUGGUUCGUUCCUGUAAUACUGAACAUUUUAAAACUAAAACCAAGACGAACAAUCCGAGCGAUACUAUGGACUGCAGAAGAGCCCGGUCUGAUAGGUGCUGAAGCAUAUCUAACAAAACACAUUAACGAAACUUCAAAUAUAAAUUUUAUCAUGGAAUCUGAUGAAGGGACGUUCAAGCCUCUAGGGUUAGAUGUCGCCGGCAGUACCAAUGCUCGUUGCAUUAUAGCUGAAGUACUGAAACUGUUUACACCCAUUGAUAAAAUGAAGGAAAGUGAAUAUCCGGGCUCGGAUAUGACGUUAUUCGUGCAAAAGGGAAUUCCCGGGGCAUCAUUACUAAAUGAGAAUGAGCGUUACUUUUGGUUUCAUCACAGUGAAGGUGACACAAUGAACGUACAAAAUCAAGAGGACGUAGUUGCUUGUGCCGCGUUUUGGGUGGCUUUUUCGUAUGUCAUUGCGGAUUUGUCACAAGAUAUACCACGACAAUAA